AUGGAUGCUCCUGCUUACCCCGGAAAUGCCGCUGCAAUAGACCUCGAACUGCCUUCGUAUGCAAGGACUCCUUCUACAAGCUGGGAUGUACCUCCAUUAAACACACAGCAUUCAUUCCACCUUACCAAGAAAGACGGAGAGCAUUGGCUGUCGUUGACGGUCGUCAGCAGGGCUGCUACCAAUGUCGAAACACCGAUGUUCUUCCAAGGAGGUUUGGUCGGUGGCACUUUGAUGCUGAACUUGGAGAAGGAGGACAUCAUAGACUCCGUACAUAUCGCAUUGACUGGCCAAUUGAAUUAUUUCUCGCAUAGCGCAUCGUAUUUUCUGAACAUGAAGCGCACAUUGUGGUCGUGCUCUGUUGACCAAGACCCUGAAGUGCUAGCAGACGCGCCAAAUACUGUGAAGCAGUCUGGUAAGCUGAAGGGGCGCUAUGAAUGGCCGUUCUCCUUCAAGCUCCCAAAAGGUGUCAGUAUUGUCUCCCACAUCGACGUGGACAGCGCACGGAAAAAUUUUCGUCUCCCACCCUCCUUAUCGGACGGUAUAAGUGGGGUGCGCGUGGAGUAUCAGCUAGCCGUGCGUGUGGAGAGGGGAAGGCUUCGCAGCCAUAGCAAGUUGGUAGUGCCCAUAUUGUUCAACCCUCUUCUGCGUCCCACUACACCUUCCAUUACGCGUCAGCUUGCGUAUCGGGAGAAUUUCCCUCUGGUCGGAGCAGACGGUGAUCCGGAGGGAUGGAAGACUCUUCCCCCAGUGAAGCUUCGCGGCAAGAUCUUCAAAUCCAUCGCGGUAGAGGCGGCAUGUACAUUAUCGCUUGCACGGCCAUUGUGCUAUACUAGAGGUACCCCAAUACCUCUCAUGCUCACGAUUGAGAGUGCCGAUCAGCAAGCAUUGGACCUACUUGCCACUCGCCACGCCAUAGUGGUUAGGCUUGUCCAACGCACAUCCUUUGGGACCACGAUGCCGGGAUUUCGGGAGACAUCUGCAGAGGAGCAACCACUGAAGGAAGUCAGAUCUCGCUCGAUUGGUCGAGCUGUGUGGUGGCCGCCGGAAAACGAGGUGCAACUGCCAAACAGGAGAACAUUGGCCGGCGAGAUCCACAUUCCCGAAGCAGUAUCGCCGCGGUGCCACAUACUCAACUUCAAUUUAGAUCACAUGGUUGUAAUUGAGCCGUUCCAAGCAGUGGGGUUUAUCCCCUCUGAGAAGAAACCGUUACUCAGGGAGUCAGUGGAGAUUGUGACCGCGUUCGCGGAAGGGCCACGGCCAAGAGCCUACAUGCCUCCGCAUUAUGACGGGGAAGAUCUGGAAGAGCCACGCCCAGUAGGAGUACGUGUCGGAGGGUUUUUAGUUUGGGUUUGA